AUGAACUACAAGGGAGCCCCGUCACGGAGCGCUGUUCUGCGGUCAGCUCGAUGUCUUCUCCCGGCUCUCCCCGGACGUCGUCGGCCGCUCUCAGACCGCCGCUGCCGCCCCGCCCCGGAGGACGUAUUCGCGGGAAGAUCAAGUGCGGACACGCGUACAGACACCGGGACCGUGAACCGUAGCGCCAUGCCGUCCAACGUGGAGAUCAAAGCCAGAGUGAGCGACCCAGCGCGGUUCGCCAAGAAGGCCCGCGAGCUCAGCCAAUCAGAGGGCACGAUCAUCAGGCAGCACGACACGUUCUUCAACUGCAGCCAAGGACGACUGAAGCUGCGAGACUUCAUGAACGAGUCGGGGCAGGUAAUCUUCUACGAGCGUCCGGACACCGAGGGACCCAAACUGUCCCGAUACUCCAUCAGUCCAACAAGCGACCCCCCCAGUCUCCGGACAGUACUGUCAGACGCACUCGGGGUCAAAGGUGAGGUGCGUAAAGAGCGACGGCUGUUUCUGAUUGGUCAGACCAGAGUUCACCUGGACACCGUGGAGGGACUGGGAAACUACAUGGAACUGGAGGUGGUGAUGCGUCCAGAGCAGACGCUUGAAGACGGACAGCAGGGGGCCGAGGAUCUGAUGCAGAAGCUGGGGGUUUCAGAGGAGAGUCUGGUGACCGGGGCCUACAUGGACCUGUUACUGAAGGGACACAAAGAUACAUAAAACAAACGCACAUCUGGAAACACUCAGCAGGAUGAAGUAAUCACAACAAAACUCUGAAAAUGACACACAACACUCCCCAGUGUUGUAAAAACAGAGUAGAGAAGAGUACAGUUUUUAGAAGACUGUGUACCAAGACUAGUCUGUUGUAGUUUCACUGUAAUCAGAGUACUGCUGUUAUAAUGUUAUAUAUAUAUAUAUAUAUGGUAUCUCUGUAUUACGUUAGUGGACUGA